UUGAUAGUCGUAUAAAUGUUUUAUCUUGUUGACCACUUUAAAUCCUUUUUUAAGAGGAAACAAGUGAAACCUCUUUAAAAAAACUUUCACUUUCGAAUCUUUGUUACGCACAAGGAAACUAUUAUUGACGCCUUGUCCGACGCCUCUCGUCAUUUUGAUACAAAUACACAAAAAAGGUACAUUUUCAUAUCGUUUUAGUUUCCGUCACUUUAACAGAUUAUGGCUCUUUUCGACGUAGGUGGUUUUAAGCCCAGCGCUGAACUCCGAGGGCAGAUAUUUCCAGCUAAGUCGCAUCUCGUCGACCGAGUCAACCACUACAGUUUUGGGACCAAAACGCAAGAAUUUGCGCUGCCUUUGGGUGUAGACCCAUCAGGGUUUCUCAAGUCCUGCAACAGUGAAGGAGGAGUGUGUAUUGACCUGAACCAUGGCACAACCACACUGGCCUUCAAGUUCAAACAUGGAGUCAUCGUGGCUGUGGACUCCAGGGCCUCAGCUGGCCGUUACUUAGCAUCCAACGAUGUCAACAAGGUCAUAGAGAUCAACCCCUACCUGCUGGGCACCAUGUCAGGCAGUGCUGCAGACUGUCAGUACUGGGAAAGACUCCUGGCUAAAGAAUGCAGGCUGUACAGGCUGAGGAACAACCACAGGAUCUCUGUUGCUGCUGCCUCCAAACUGCUGUCGAACAUGAUGGUGGGUUACAGAGGCAUGGGCCUCUCCAUGGGCAGCAUGAUCUGUGGGUGGGACAAAAAGGGACCUGGUUUGUACUAUGUGAACGAUAAUGGGACACGUCUGUCUGGCUCGAUGUUCUCCACUGGCUGUGGAAACAGUUACGCCUAUGGCGUGGUGGACAGUGGUUACAGAGAAGACAUGACGGUAGAGGAGGCGUACGAACUAGGUCGCCGUGGCAUCGUUCAUGCAACGCACAGGGACGCCUACUCCGGUGGAGUGGUCAACAUGUACCACAUGCAGGAAGACGGCUGGAUUAAAGUGUGUAAGGAAGACGUAUCAGAGCUGAUCCAUCGCUACAAGAAGGGAAUGUUCUGAGUUUGACGCUGACACCCAGGCCAACCUUCAUCAAAAGAAAUAAAAACUGUAUUGUUGCAGUCAGUGUGUAAUGUUGUGUGUAAUGGUCCAUUGCUGAUUUUGGAUAAAUGUGUAAAAAAAACAAAAAUGGAACCGUUUCUUACUUUACACAUGUAGGUAAACAUUACUGUCCUCAUUAAUUAAUUGUUAAGAUCUUUAUUCAGUUAUUUUCAUGUGUGACUUGUCCAUGUUGAUACACUAAGUCCAAGUUUCAGUGUGGUAUUCAUACAGCUCUGAAUAAAGAUUAUUAUUAUUCUACCCA